AUGUCAGACAUCGGGGACUGGUUCAAAAGCAUCCCCCCUAUCACAAGGGGCUGGUUUGCUGCCUCCAUUGCUGUUCCCCUCAUUGGGAAACUAGGAUUGGUUGAUCCCAUGAAGUUUGCACUGAGGCCAGAUUUGUUCCUAUACAGAUUUCACCUCUGGAGACCAGUGACGGCCACCCUGUAUUUCCCAGUUUACCCCAAUACUGGCUUCCUGUUCCUAGUCAACCUAUAUUUCCUCUACAAUUACUCCACUCGGUUAGAGACAGGGGCAUUUGAUGGCCGACCAGCUGACUAUGUGUUUAUGCUCCUCUUCAACUGGAUCUGCAUUGUUAUAACUGGGCUGAUCAUGGACAUGCAGCUGCUGAUGAUCCCGUUGAUCAUGUCCGUACUCUACGUUUGGGCUCAAUUCAAUAAAGAUGUCAUUGUGUCUUUCUGGUUUGGAACCAGAUUCAAGGCACAUUAUUUGCCUUGGGUCAUCUUGAUCUUUAACUUUAUCAUCGGAGGCUCGUUUGUGAAUGAACUUAUUGGGAACUUGGUGGGUCAUCUCUACUUCUUUCUAAUGUUCAAAUACCCUAUGGACUUGGGAGGACGCUCCUUUCUUUCUACGCCAGAGAUCUUGUAUCGAUUCUUCCCCACCAGGAGAGGAGGGGUGUCAGGUUUUGGAGUCCCUCCCACAAGGAGAGCAGCACCUCAGGAGGCGGCAAGAGGAGGAGGAGGUGGUGGCGGCAGACGUCACAACUGGGGUCAAGGCUUCCGUUUGGGGGAUGAAUAA